CUCACAGGAUACAAAGGUCAAGAAAAUAUGACUGUUUUAUUGGUGUAACUUUGGUCCUUUGUUUCCACAGCAGGUAAACUGCAGUCAAAGAUUUCUUGUUAUUCAGAUCUGUUGAAAACAUCGACAACUGACACCAUGUUCAGGUUUUCUUUAAUCUACUGUGUUGUCCUGGUAUUUGGCGUCAUAGCAAAGCCAUAUAAACCUUGGAAUGAAGUUAAAGAUGAAGCAUUCCAGGAUGUUGUCAUGUCCAUAAAUGACAGAGGUAAGAUGUCCUGGGGAAUCGAAGUGGAGCCACCAGAGGACAGGGAUGAGGCUAAAUUUGACAUCGACCCUCGCAUGAUGAUUCACAAGAAAGCCGAAGAAGAUCUAGAUGAGCUGUACCACCCUUCAGUGGUUGAUCUUGACGUUCAAGUCCAAAACCUGCGGGCCCAAGAUGAAGCUGACGUCAAGGGAGAGCAGGAACAUGCCAACAUCAGGUACCAUCAGGAACCAGAGGAGGAUAAUGAUGACAUCGACCACCCUGUUUUCAGUGAGGUGAACUCAGAAGAACCUGAGCAGGACUUGGAUGACAGAUAUUCGGACCCACUGAUGGCUGCAUACAGAGCUGGCGUAGAGGUCCAUGUUGAACCUGAGAAGAAUGAAGACGAGUUGUAUCAUCAAGACGACCAGCGAUCUCUUGUGCGGACGGCGGUCAGAGAUGAAAGUCAGGUCAGAGUUCACCCUCUUCCCGAAGAGGACAUGGAUGACCUGUACCACAAAGAUGUCGCACAGCCCAUCCCUUACCAAGGAGAUACUGAAGCUGCCGCUCCUGAUGUGCCGUCUCAGAGGAUGUACAGCCAACCAGAAGAAGAUCUGGAUUAUCUCUACCACCAGUAAUCCUCCUAAAUAACUCAGUCUGUUUAUAUCCUUAUCAUUUCAAAUCGGACACAGCUGAUAUACUGUAAACAAGAGAAAAAUAAUCAUCUGAUUCCAUUAAACUGUUAAAAAGACAUCUAAACACAUCUAAAUCUCAGUGUCACUCAUAUGUAUCCUGAUGAUAAAGAUACUUUGACACA